GUGCAACCUCCAGACAUUGCAACUCAUACUCACCAAUGCACACAAUCACCUGUUAGAUUGCCUUUCGCGGCAGGACCAAGGCAGAGCUGGCAAAGUCGUGUUCUACAAUCCGCCGCCUCUCCCGCAGCAUGGCCACCAUUGCGUGGAGCGUUGUCCAUCCCGCCCUACAAUACCUCACCUCCACAAUCUGCAGAGCAAACGAGGCGACUCUCAUCUCAAACCAAUGGAUCAUCACCGCCCCACCGGUCGCAGCGAACCGCGCACCAGCAAUAGUUCCCUACCAGCGCGCCCUCACCACGCUCGUCUACGCCGUCUGUGAACCGCUCUGCACCAAGCUCUUCCUGCGCUUCCCGGACCCCUGGGUGAACGUGAUGGCGCUGAGCAUGGUGCAUCUCUGGAUAGGUAGUCAGGUGAUGGAGCCAUACGUGGACGUGCUCAUCUCGCAGUGGACGCCGGAGCUCAAGGCCACGAUCAAAGAGGCGCACGCGCAAGGCCGCGUGAGCAAUUCCUCCACCCUCCCGGGCUGGCAACUGGAGCUGCAGUUCCUCUCGCUCGUGCCUGUGAUCACCGCUGCUAUCGACAACGCGGCGCUCAUCUGCUUCUUCCAAAGCUUGUACGCGCCCUCCAUCUCGCAGCGCUGGUGGGGCCAGCCGUAUUUCUGGGCGUUUGGCGUGCUCUGCUAUCUCGGCAGCCGGUUCGGGGAUUUCCUCGUCAGCCAGGGAUUACAGCGGCCCGCGCUCGUGCUUUGGCAAAACAAGCGCGAGCUGGGGAUUUCGCUGCUCUACCUUCUCGCUUUGAUCGCUGCGCGAGCGGGUGUCAGAGCGCUGCUGGGGCAAGAUCAGCUGAUUGCGGUGCGGCCUUUGCCGGACGAGGAGACGGAGAAGCUGUUUGGGCAGGAGACAUUCGACAGGUUCUCCGCGUGGUGGGAGGAUUUGGCGAUCAUUCGGUGGCAUCGGGCGUUGCCCGCUUGGGUGAAAGUGGGCAUCAUUCCCUUUCUAGGGCCCGUACUCAUGCUGGGGGGCGACUGGUUGAUGCGACGGGAAGUGGAGAAGGAAAGGCUGGAGCAACUACGGGUGGGAAAGUGAUUUGGGACAUGAUGGCCUAUCCAUUCGGCCCGACCAGCAGUCCAGCGACCAUGUGCUGCCCUAGUUGCAGUAGAAACAAGCUUGACUUUCAUCACCUUUAUUAGUUCUAAUGCAAGCCUGAAAGCUUGUCUGCCACGCGGGAAAGUCUGCAUCUAGCGGUCCAGCUAAGGGAGAUCAUGAGACCCGCGUGCA